CGUUAUGGCUUCAAAAUCCUACUAUUUCCAUCUCAUUCUCUUCCUCAUUCCUUUGUUUAAUUUUCGUUUGAAAUCUUAUUCUCAGGAUGUAGAUAGAGCCUUGGACUAUGAUAAAUGGCUCUUCUGGAACGUCCAAAAUCAUCGUAGAAAGGCUCUCUUGCAAGCAGAGUCCAUCAGUCAAGCUCCAGCGAGCUUUGGCAGGGUGCUUGAUGACAAACUGAGCAAGGCUGAGAUGAACAAAGUGAGAAUAAGUGUUUCUCAAAACGGGACAGGUCAUUUCAGAACCAUCAGAGAAGCUAUUAAUAGCAUUCCGCCCAACAACACCCGGAGAGUUAUAUUGGAGAUCAAACCAGGUGUUUACAGGGAAAAGAUUGUCGUCCCAAGAACUUUGCCCUUUGUUACAUUAUUAGGGGAUUCCACUAACCCUCCAACUAUUACUGGAAAUGAUACUGCUUCGGUUACUGGAACUGAUGGGAAACCAUUGAAGACAUUUCAAAGCGCAACCGUAUCUGUAGAUGCUAAUUAUUUUGUGGCCAUCAACAUGGUGUUUGAGAAUACAGCCCCACAUGUGAUUGGAUCCGUUGGAGAACAAGCAGUUGCACUUCGUAUCUCAGGGACAAAGGCUGCAUUUUACAAUUGUAGUUUUUAUGGUGCUCAAGACACACUUUAUGAUCACAAAGGCCUCCACUACUUCAAUAAUUGUUUUAUCCAGGGUUCCGUUGACUUCAUUUUUGGUUAUGGGAGGUCCCUGUAUGAGAACUGCAAUUUAAAUUCUGUAGCUAAGAAGGUGGCAUCUCUCACAGCUCAAAAGCGUUCCAGUUCAUCUCUGGAAAGUGGGUUUUCGUUCAAAGAUAGUGUGGUAACAGGUAGUGGUAUGAUUUAUCUAGGGAGAGCAUGGGGGGAUUAUUCAAGGGUUGUGUUCUCUUACACCUUCAUGGACAAACUUGUUCGUCCACAAGGGUGGAGUGAUUGGGGUAAACCAAACCGUGAUACUAGGGUGUUCUACGGGGAAUACAAAUGCUCUGGACCAGGGGCCAACUUCACUGGAAGAGUUCCUUGGGCUCGAAUUUUGACAGAUGAGGAGGCCCAGCCUUUUACUGGAACUCACUAUGUUGAUGGAGAUACUUGGCUCAUUACUCCUUAACUUUAAAAUUCUUGAAUAUAAUUAUUAAUGCACGUUUUAAUUAACUAAUAAAAUGCA